AUGGAUAUCAACCAGGUGUUGGAGGGGACUUUCUCGCCUGAUGCGAACAUCCGUAACAGCGCCGAGCAGCAGCUCCAGCAGGCCGCCGACUCCAACUUUCCACAAUACCUCUCCAUCCUCAGCGGCGAACUCGCAAACGAGCAGGCGACGCCGGCCAUUCGACAAGGUGCCGCACUCGCCCUGAAGAACGCCUUCACCGCACGCGAGUAUGCCCGGUUACGUCAGGUCCAAGACCGCUGGAUCAACCUCGAUGCCGAGAUCAAGCAGACGGUCAAGCAGGUUGCUCUGCAAACUCUGGCUACACCCUCAAAACAAGUCGGCUCAGCUGCUGCCCAGUUCAUCGCCUCAGUGGCCGCCAUCGAAAUACCCCGCAACCAAUGGCCGGAGCUCAUGCCCGCCCUGGUCGAGAGUGUAGGACAGGGCACAGAUAGCCAGAAGCAGGCGUCGCUGACUACCAUCGGCUUCAUCUGCGACACGGACGACAUGGAGCUGAGGGAGGCGCUGGGCCACCACUCCAACGCCAUUCUGACUGCCGUCGUUCAGGGUGCUAGGAAGGAGGAGACCAACAACGAUGUCCGUGUCGCCGCCAUCAACGCGCUCAGCGACUCGAUCGAGUUUGUGCGCUCCAACUUUGACAACGAGGGCGAGCGCAACUACAUCAUGCAGGUCAUCUGCGAAGCUACACAAGCCGACGACGACCGCAUCCAGCAAGGCUCGUAUGGAUGUCUGAACCGCAUCAUGGGUCUGUACUACGACAAGAUGCGCUUCUAUAUGGAGAAGGCUCUUUUCGGCCUUACCAUCCAAGGCAUGAAGAGCGACGAGCCAGAUGUUGCCAAGCUCGCAGUAGAGUUCUGGUGCACGGUCUGCGAAGAAGAGAUCGCAAUCGAGGACGACAACACACAGGCACAGGCUGAGGGCUCCACUGAACUCCGCGAGUACUUCAACUUCGCCCGCGUUGCGACACAAGAGGUCGUCCCGGUGCUGUUGGAGCUCCUCGCCAAGCAGGACGAGGACGCCGACGACAAUGAGUACAACACAUCCCGCGCUGCCUACCAGUGUCUGCAGCUUUGGGCACAGUGCGUCGGUAGUGGUGUCAUGCCGCCAGUUCUUGCCUUUAUCGAGAAAUACAUCCGCUCCGAAGACUGGCGCUACCGUGACGCUGCCGUCUCUGCUUUCGGCGCCAUCAUGGAGGGCCCCGAAGAGUCUGUUCUCGACCCCAUUGUAAAGCAAGCUCUGCCCACUCUGAUUGGCAUGAUGGACGAUCCGAACAUACAUGUCAAGGACUCGGCAGCGUAUGCCUUGGGCCGUAUCUGUGAAGCUGUGCCCAGCGCGCUUGACGCACAGCAACACUUGCCGACGUUGAUUGGAGCACUGUUCGGCGGGUUGUCAAGCAACCCGAAGAUGGCAGCGUCGUGCUGUUGGUCUCUGAUGAACUUGGCCGACAGAUUUGCUGGCGAGCCAGGCUGCCAGUCUAACCCGCUCUCUGCCCACUUUGCACAGAGCGUGCAACACCUCUUGACAGUCACCGAGCGCGCCGAUGCGGACAACCAGUUGCGUACCGCAGCCUACGAGGUGCUCAACUCUUUUGUCAACAACGCUGCAGGUGACAGUGUACCUCUUGUGAACGAGCUGUCUAACGUCAUCCUUGAGCGCCUCGAGAAGUCAAUGGCGCUACAGGGACAAGUUGUCAGCGUUGAGGACAAGCUCACUCUUGAGGAGAUGCAGACCAGCUUGGCCAGCGUCGUCAUGUCCAUUGUUCAGAGACUUGAGGCAGAUAUCAGGCCCCAGGCAGACCGCAUCAUGCAAAUCCUACUCAGCCUUCUGUCUUCGCUGCCCCCGAAGUCAAGUGUUCCGGACACAGUCUUUGCAGCCAUUGGAUCGAUCGCUACUGCUCUGGAUGAAGAGUUCGCAAAGUACAUGGAGGCAUUCUCGCCCUUCUUGUACAACGCUCUCAACAACCAGGACGAGCCUGCUCUCUGCUCCAUGGCCAUUGGAUUGGUUUCUGACAUUACUCGUUCCCUUGGCGAGGCUGUUCAGCCAUACUGCGAUGCUUUCAUGAACUCUCUGCUCAACAACCUACGAAGCCCUGCCCUGGGUAACCAGCUCAAGCCAGCCAUCCUGCAAUGUUUUGGCGACAUUGCGCACGCGAUUCACGGUGCGUUCGAGCCUUACCUUCCAGUCGUUGCCCAGGUGCUUCAGCAGGCUGGCCAGGUUAAUCUCACCACUGAGGGCAACUUCGAGAUGAUUGACUACGUUACCUCGCUACGCGAGGGCAUCAUGGACGCAUGGGAUGGCUGCAUCGUUGCGAUGAAGAUCAGCAACAAGACUAACCUCGUCGUCCCUUACAUGGACUCGAUCUUUGAUCUGCUCCGCAACAUUCAGCAGGACACCAACCGCACCGAAGGUCUUCUUCGGUCGUCUUGUGGUGUGAUUGGUGACAUCGCUGAAGCGUUCCCUAACGGCGAGUUCAGGGAAUUCUUCCGCCACGAUUUCCUGACUGCUAUGGCAAGGGAGGCCCGCUCCAACCAAGACUUCAGUGGCCGAACACGCGAUACUGCGCGGUGGGCCCGUGAACAGAUCAAGCGCCAAAUUGGCGGCAACUCAAGCGUCAUGGCUUGAUAGAUUUGCUUAUACCCACCCCCUGCCCCCUGCCUCGUCGAUCCGAGCAGAGUUUGGUCACUUGCCUCAGAGACUUCUUCCCUCUUGGAAGUAGUAUCUGGCCUUUGACUGAGUUCGCGCGAUCUAGAUGCUUUCCUCUUUUCGGACGAAGCUGUUCAUGCCACGGCGUCGAGAAUAUGGACACGCCGGGGCGCGAUCUCGCCCUUGUAAACCGGUAGCUAGUCGGAACAGCUGGGAGUGGUGGAUCUGGGCUAUUCACGUUUCGAAAUGGCUAGUCCAGUCCCCCGACGGCACCCGAAUGCUGCAUCGACGGCUAUGAUGGCCCAAGCCCCGAGCAACAAAAGCAUAACCUACAGCACCCAAAGCCCAGGAUCCGUUGUCUUCAACAGAACGAACUUCCAGCGAUCCACACCUCACACCCCGCAUCCUCCCACGAACCGCAUAGCACCUCUCCACCACAAUGUAGCACCACCUUUUGUAGGCAAAGCCAAGCGCUUCUGCCAGGAGAACGUUUAGAUAACCGUCAUUCUGUCAUUUGCAGGACGUCUAUACCACUUCUUUUCUGCCAUGGAUACAGCUGGUUUGUAGUUGUAAUUCAAGUGAAAUAAAGCACACAUGCAUCAUUUGGCCUUGUGCGU